AUGGCGUGCUACUACAUCGUCAUCAGCUCCACACACCUCAGCAACGGCCACUUUCGCAACAUUAAGGGAGUUUUCCGCGGCCCCCUCAGCAAGAAUGGCAACAAGACUUUGGACUAUGCUGAGAAGGAGAAAAGCUUGGCCAAAGCCCUAGAGGACCUGAAGGCCAACUUCUACUGCCAGCUCUGUGACAAACAGUACUAUAAGCAUCAGGAGUUUGACAACCAUAUUAACUCAUACGAUCACGCCCACAAACAGAGACUGAAGGAGCUGAAGCAAAGAGAAUUCGCCCGUAACAUCGCCUCCAAAUCCAGGAAGGACGAGAGAAAGCAGGAGAGAGCUCUCCGACGCCUACAUGAACUGGCUGAGCAGCGGAGAGAAGUGCAGUGUGCUCCAGGAAGUGGGCCCAUGUUUAAGUCCACCACUGUGGCAGUGGAGGGAAACAUCAGGGCCUCCUUCUGUGAGGACUCUCAGGAGGAGAACCACAUUUCCACCGUACUGGAACCAGGAGGCCAGGCUCUUUCCGCUAACUCAGUCCCAACUAGCAACAGCAAGCAGUCCCCAUGGUUAUACAAUGGAAAGGCCAAAAAGCAAACUUUCAGACGCAAAAUUGCAUUCUCCUUUUCUCUUCCGAAGAAAGCAUCCGUGAAGCUUGAGUCAUCAGCGGCGGUUUUCUGCGACGGCCCUGAGGAGGGAUCGAUGGAGCGGAGCCACAGACAAAGCCUCCACAGGCCCUUUGCUGAGCUCCGCCUUCCUGGUUCCCCUGCUGAGGGGAAAGUACUAAAUUGCGAGGAGGCGAUUUACUGCAUUGGCACACAGCAGGCCAAGCUGUCUCCAGAAAAUGGUGGUGAAUGGAGUCAGGGGUCAUCAGAUACAGCCCCAGAGACAGACAACCGCCCACCCUCCACCAGAGAUUUGUGUGCUUUGGUCGUUUACUCAGAAGAUGUGUCCUGUCCCUCUGCCCCCCACUCAUCCUCUUCCCCAUUAUGUCUGAACAACUCUGAUAUUUCCCUUGACUCAGAGGACUCCGUAGACAGGCUGAGAAAUGGGCUGGUUGAAAAUAAACGGGAAACCAACGAGAUGGUUGAAAUAGAAACCAGUGUUGAGGGGGACAGAGCCUUUGUCAUUAACAGUCCGUUAUUAGAAUGUGAAUCAGCACAAAACCAGGUAAAAGAGGAGGACUCAACCCUUAAAGACUCCUCGUUUACAAAACCCAGUCAGCCGUUCUUCUCUGUUGUGAGCAGAGACGGCAACACCAUUUUCCAGUGGCCCUCAGAGAUGCUCUCUUUCACCAAGACAGAGCCCUCUGUGUCAUACAGCUGCAACCCCCUACACUUUGACUUCAGAGGAUCACACAUUCGAAGAUCAGCUGACACACAGGAAGGGACAGAGAUCAGAAGUGAUGAGGAGUCAUCUGUUGGCUCUGCCUCCAUGAGUCCUAGGAAAUCUCCCUUCCCUGCCAAGCAUGCAGAGGAAAGACUAGCUAACGCCAUUGACGGUCCCAGCAGAGAACCUGAGGUGAAGGUCAGAAAGUGUUAUCAGUUUUCCAGUGUCACAGAGAGCUGCCCCAGAGCGAAAGUGCAUGGCAAAUGUAGGCAUCGAAAAGACUGGACUUAUACCAGUAAGAGGCAGGAGGAGAAACUGCAGUCUAGAGAAAGACACCAUUACAGAAGUUGCAACAAAAAGAAGAAGAGGAGGCGGCGGAGGAGGAGGAGGGAGAGAUGUCGAGAGGCAGAGAGACACCAGGGCGAUGUGGAGAAAUGUAAGAAACGGCCAGAGUGUUUGGAAGGACUUGAUAGCCAAUUUAGAGGCACCACUUCACAGCAAGUGUCACCAUUAGAGAAGUCAAAGCAAUCAGCUCAAAAUCAGACUGAGGACGGCAGCAGCGCUCCCAUGGCAGAGGGGGCGGGGGGCAGGAGUCAGGAGACAGCAGGCGGCGUAAACGGCUCAGCGGGCUGUCGGAGUCUCUCUGAUGAGGCUUGCGCCGACGGUGAAAAGGUGCUUGGGAACAGCGGGAGAGACCCAGACGAUCCAUCUGCAGCGGAGAAAAACAUCACAGGAGAUAGCUCACACUGUCAGGACAUGAUUCACACUGAGAACACCAGCACAGCCCAGCCAGGCCCAGAUGAGCUGCCUGCGCCCACAGGUAAACCUGGGCAGGGAAAAUAUGGAGAUCAGAUUUUGAAAAGGAAACGCAAAGCUUCCGUGAGUGUCAGGGAUGAGUGCGACUCAGACGGAGCGCAGUGUGUCCGGUGUAGGUCACUGGUAGAAGGCCCCAGUGAGCAAAUGAGCUCUGUGGAUGAAAAUGACCUUGUAAAUUUCAAAUGUUCAUGUUACCAUCAUGGAAGAGAGAGAAAAAGACAGAGACGCCCUUGCAUCCUCGAUCGAACCUCACACUCUGGUAACGAGAGGCUCCUGGUUGGCAGUCAUGUUCUGGACGUAGAGGACAAAGGCGCCGUGGAGAGGAGUGUGAAAGACCUUGUUUUAAAAGGCAUGCAUGACAGGUCCAAUGGGCCAGACCAGAGCUCAUGCAGUAUUAAUGAUGGAGAGUGCAGCGUGGUUGAUUCCCAGGCAAAGAGAUCCAUUAGCAGUGUCCUGGGUCAAACUGUGGUGGAUACAAGUGAAUGGCAUGGGAACCUCUGUCUCUCUCAGAUCAAUGCACAGUGCACUGAGUCCAGGAAAACUCCACCUACGAGAGACACCAAUCCUGCAGAGACCACAACAGACACAAAUGAGAACCAUCUUCCAGCACUGAGCAUUGAGGCUAAAGACACAAAGGGCCCUACAAGGGAUUUGAACGAGUCAGAUAGACCUGCUCAGAUUUGCCUGCACGACGGGAAGGAAAAAGCCCUACAGAAAGCAGAGAAAGCCAGUCAUGACAAAUCAUGUCAACACAGUCCUCAGAUACAGUUUUCCAGGUUUCAGCUGGGACCGCGCGCUGAGGAGGAGACCGUGAGUCGUGAGCGGUUCCGUGCCGCCGGCAGCCCGUUCCACCCCCCGCCGCGUUCUGCGUGUUCUCCGUGUUCUCCGUGUUCUCCGCAGGCCUCAGACGUCAUGGAGCGCCCACGCCCCCUGCACAUCCACGCCCACGGGCUGGUGCUUCACCAGCAGAUGUUCCCCCCCAAAUUUAAACCCAUGCUGCCCAGGUCCCCCGGCGUCGUCCCUGUGUCAUCUCCUGUCCUGCAUCCCGUCCAUCUGCCUUCGUCCGUGCCCUCCGGACCAAUCACCAUCCGUCACACCAUCCUCCAGCACCACACCGCGUUUCUGUCCCCACAGCCGCCCCUCUUUCCCCAGGUCAUGCCUGUGACGCGCCUCCCCCUGGGCCCAGAGAUCUGCCCCCCUCCUGCUCCUUCCUUUGUGAGUCCUCCACAGAUGUCAGUAGUGCCUCCACCCAGUCUACACCCAAUGGCAGUGACCUUCCACACCCUGCCCCGCCCUGCCAUGUUUCCAGCCAUGCUCCCCCCCCCUCCUGCAGUAAUCCCCCUACAGCCACUCUUCUAG